UAAUAAAUUUUCAAACUCAAUUUUUUUUCCAAGAUAUGUGUAAAUUUGGAGUAAAAACGUGGUGAGUACUGAUUGUCACUUGUAACCACUGGGUUAUGCCGCCUCGGCGACGACGGGCCAUCUCCGCAGACGCAAGACCCCCCGUGCUAGAGUCUAUGACCACUCACGUACCACACAAGGUGCGUACGCAACUAAAUUUCUAUCACUGGGCCUGCUCCGAUGACCCAAGGAUCUACUGAGUAAACUCCAGGCACAUGCGGCAUCAUCGUGGAGGGAUUGUCUUGGGGGGAUUUGUUAUUCGUGGGAGAUUUUUUAAAUAUUUUCCGUGAGCAUUGGCCUGCGCUUUGGUGUCGAUGAAGCUCACAUGGCCGGUUGACAAGCGCAAGAGAGCCAAGAUAUUGCGCGAGUUGAUGUGGGCUUGAAUAGCUUGGAGUUUCAUGAGGAGUACCUCGUGGAGAGCAUGAACAAUUUGUUGUCUUUUUCGAGGACAGUAUCAAUGGAGAUGAAGUGGCCAGUAACUUGGCCUGGGACUUCACUCCUCCUGUUGAGAAAAUCCUCUUCCAGGAGGAUCUUCUGAUUCAUCUUCAUUCCUUUGAUCAAGUGGUAGAAUACUUUGGUCUUCUGAAACGCUUGAGAAAUUCAUUGAAAUUCUAGUGUGAAUUGUUAUAUCCACCCAUGAGAUGAUCCAAUUGAACUUGGGACUGGGAUUCCGGAGGGCAAUAAAUAAUAAAAGGACUGCUCGUCAACUGUCCUUUUGAUCUUCCUUCUAUCAUCUGGAUCAGGAAGGAGAAGAAUCCAUUGUCUGUACUCCCUUUUCUCACUAUAAACUGUCCGCCCCUUUCAUUUAUGAAUUACGUUUCCACCUAUAUUAUUUAUCAGAACGUAACAAUAUAUUGAUUCCAUCAGCUCCAGCUUUCCAAUGAGCAAUGGAACUUCGUAUCUAUCUGCAGCAUUUAAAAACACAAUUCUAAGGGAUCUAAGACGGAAGGGAUGUAGAUUCAUCAAACCAUUCGAUCAAGGUGAAAAUAAUUUUUUGGUAGACUUGUUGUAAAAUUAAAAAAACGAAACUGGAUACGCAGGAGAGUGACAAAAUUGAGGAGGACGUAAAAAUGGUGUCCUUACCCAGCACAGAAUCUGGGAAUAUGGACAGAAUGGAUCGUUUAUCCGAUGAUGAUGAUGAUGAGCCAAGUAGUGGAUCAGAGACAUACGAAGAGGGUGAUCUACUGUCAGCUGCCAUGGAUGAUGACGUGACGGCCCAGCUCGCCGCUGCAGGUUGGCAAAUCAAAUGCGCUAAUGGACCCGUUGGUGUUGCUGCGGCUGCAGCAAUCGUCUCAGCAAAGAAACGAAAACGGCCACACAGUUUUGAAACGAAUCCUAGUAUCAGGAAGAGACAACAAAAUAGGCUUUUGAGAAAACUCAGGCAAACGAUAGAUGAAUUUGCGACAAGAGUUGGCCAGCAAGCAGUAGUAUUAGUAGCAACACCAGGAAAACCAAAUAGUAGUUACAAAGUUUUUGGGGCAAAGCCACUGGAAGACGUAGUAAAAAAUUUAAAAACAAUGAUAAUGGAGGAACUUGAAAGUGCAUUAGCACAACAAGCACCACCACCCGUUCAAGAUGAUCCAUCACUGUAUGAAUUACCACCACUGAUUAUUGAUGGUAUACCAACACCCGUUGAGAAAAUGACCCAAGCACAGCUUAGAGCAUUUAUUCCAUUAAUGCUUAAGUAUUCGACGGGUCGAGGAAAACCUGGCUGGGGUCGUGAAAGUACUCGGCCGCCUUGGUGGCCAAAAGAGUUACCCUGGGCUAAUGUACGAAUGGACGCACGUUCUGAAGACGAAAAGCAAAAGAUUUCAUGGACACACGCAUUGAGACAAAUAGUCAUAAAUUGUUACAAAUUUCAUGGAAGGGAAGAUCUAUUACCAGCAUUCAGUGAAGACGAUGAUAAGUCAAAUGUUUUGAUACAACAGCAGCCAACACCUCACUCAUCGCAUACGUCCUCGAAUCAGGGUCAGAGUGGACAGGCCCAGCAACAGACGGUGGGAGUCGUUCGUCUAAGCACAACAGGCUCAACUAAGGGAAACUCAUCGCCACCGCAAAUCAUUGCUGCAUCGCCUACGACUCUUGCCACUGCCACUCAGGUAAUGACAGCCCAGUAUCCAACAACAGUUCUCCAAACAAUAACGAAUCCAGACGGCACUGUGUCCAUAAUUCAAGUAGACCCAAGUAAUCCCAUAAUAACUCUACCAGACGGCACCACCGCUCAAGUACAAGGGGUUGCGACUAUACACACGAGUCAGGGUGAAGUGCAAACACUGGCAGAAGUGGGUGGUGCUGAUGGUACGAGUGUAGCUGUCGAUUUGAAUAGCGUGACCGAAGCAACACUUGGCCAGGAUGGACAAAUCAUUCUAACUGGAGAAGAUGGACACGGAUAUCCAGUAUCGGUGUCGGGUGUUAUCACAGUACCGGUAUCCGCCAGUAUGUAUCAAACAAUGGUGGCUAAUAUACAGAGUGAUGGAACAAUGCAAGUUGUAACACCAAUGCAAGUACAAGUACCUAAAGUUGAGCCUGGUAAUGGAGAAACAAGUAUCGAAGCUGUUACCAUUCAGGGCCAUCCAAUGACAAUGAUCAAUGCUAAUGGAGAGCAUCAGGUGCUACAAGUGAUAUCACUGAAAGACGCUAAUGCACUGACCAAGGCAAUGCAGGGUGAGCUCGUCAAAGACGAGGAUAGCCAGCAUCAACAGACUGUUUCUAGCCCUGAAUAUUAUUCACUCAAGAUAAUGGAAAAUUCGAAUUAACGUUUGAAUAUCGUCAUUUAAAAAUCAUCGAUGAAUGUUAAUUUAAAAAGGAAAAAUAGCAGUUUACAUGGAUUCAAGUGUUAAAGUUAAUUUAUUCAAUUCUUCAAAUGAGAUUAAUUGAUUCCUCGGGUAAAAAAAAACAUCUCUCAGUUAAUUUUUUCUCUACGUGAUUUGGAGAAUAGUUUCUUCCUUCUUAUUGUUCACUCCCAUCAAAAAUUGAUGGAACUCGAGGUGAUAUACACUGUUUGUGUUACUGUGUUUAGGAGAAAAAUAAUCAACUUGAAAUUUAUAUAAUGCAAGCAAAAAUGAAAAGCGAAUGAACUGUUAAAACGAGUGUGUACGUUACCGUGUGGUAGAUUUGCUGAACCCAAUAUAAACCAUUAGAAGAUGUAUUUAUGUGUUUAAACGGAAGAACCAUAUGGAAUCGACUAAUAAGUUGAAGGAAAAAUCAAUUAUUACAAUUUUUUUUGUCAAAAAUUGAUGCAAUCAAAAAUACGAUGAUUUUGUUUUUUUUUAUAAAAUUUUUGUUAACGAGUCAUUUGAAACAUCUUUUUAGAUAUGACUAAAACGUUCCCAGGACCAAACAUAAAUAGGUACCAUUAUUUAACUCUAGUCAUAAUUAAAUGAGUUCCGGGGAACGUUAAUAUCAAUGAUUUUCUGAAUAACAUAAGAUAUAUUCAAUUAAAAUAUAGAUAUAUCAAUUCAGUCGUGGGAGUAAUCAGCUAAUUGAUUGAUUAUUUUAUGAAUCAAUAAAUUAUCUUGAUUUUUUUCUCUCUUUUCAUAACGAACAUCUUCAUUCUAAUGAAGAUAAUAUCAGCAUGAAAACAUCGCGCCGGGGAAGCAAUGUUAUAAUUUCAUUUUGUUUUAAUUAAUUUAUUCCUUUAUCUACUAUGAUAGGUAAUUCCAAUUCAAAUAGUAAAUAAUGAAGUUAUUUAUAGAAAAUAUCUAGUGCGAAGAAUUUUAAUUAAAAAACUGAUAGGAAAAGAUCAUAUAUACAAUACUGUAACUGAAAAAAAAAACCAUUUCGUAAUCUGUUUUAUAGCACCGAUUAGGAAGACUAAGCAUUUCUGACGGGUACAAAUAGGUUUAAGAGUAUUUAAACAAUUUUUGGAAAUGUGAGAAUUUGAAAAAAAGAAGAAAUACAAAAAAAAACCUUGGGUGCACAUCAUUAUGUUGCUAAACUUUAGGAUGUAAUUAGUUUUAUAUAUAACAGGGGCGUUGAUGAAUUUCCAUUAUUCUGAAAUAACGAAGGAAAAUUGAAUAAACACGUUAAAAUUGGAAGUACUGAUGAAAAUCUACUCGAGCCGAGAAAUUCAAAUUGCUAUGAACUUUUGUGUAUUGAAAGAGAAUAAAAAGCAAUUAAUUAGAAAAGUUAUUAAUCAAAUUCUGAUUUUUUUAUAUCGAAGAAAAACAUUGAGGACAUAAUGAUGAUAUUGGGGAUAUCCAAGUGAAUUAGUCGUUGUAAUUAAAUCAAUUUUUGGAAUAUUGUUCAUAACAAAUAAGUGGACAUUGUUGUGGAUCUUAUUGUAAUAUAGCCAUUGUUGCUAUUGAAUUCGUACUCUGCUCCUGAUGAUGGAUGCAUUUUUCUUCAAUUAAUAUUGACGAAUAGAGUUUGUUUAUCCGCAAGGAAAUUUCGAAACCUGAAAGGUGAACUAGGAAGGAGUUUGGGAAUAACCAUUUAAAAAAAAGGCACAUACAGAUGUAUAUGCGCGUGCAGGCGUACAUACAGACAUAUAUGUACAUGCAUACAUACCUCAAGAUGCUUUUGAAAUAUACGUCUGGUGUUUCCAGACAAUGUAAAGGGGCGCCAAGACAAACAACUAAAAAUUUUUAUUGUAACCAGAAAGAUUGCAAAAAUACUGUACAGUAACGUGAAAACUCAAAAGACGAUUUCGUUCAAAUUUUGAUAGAAUCGAGAGGCUAUCAUCAGCAAAAUUUUUAUUCAUCUCAGUUUCACAGCAUACUGUAUCGUUUGUAUAUCCCCAAUUUCUGAAAAGUAACCAUUAUUGUAUGCGAUUUUAUUUCAUCCCGAAAGCCACGAAAUUUUUAUGAAGCUAAAAAAGAUCAAUAAAAUAAAAAUAUUACUUCUUGUUAAUUGAAUUUUUUAAGUAGAUGUCAAAAUGUACAUUCUCAUAGUAAAAUAUUACCUGCAGACUAUUGUAUCGUUCAUGAAAAUCUAUAAAUCAUAAUAUAAACAUACGUGUAUAUGACUAUUAACUGUGUAACAUGUAAUGUACUUUGUAAAUAUUCAGUGUGACCCUUCCGCUUUUGUUAUUUUCGGUGUGAAAAAGUAAAAAAAAAAACAUCAACAGCAUUCAGAUCUUACAGAGGACAUAAGGAAAUUAAUGAACAUAAAAAAAAUUAUGAAAGCUUGUUUUAUUUAUCAGCCCUUCCAAAAAAACAUUCAAAUCAUGGGUUCAAUGUCUCAAUCUCCUCUUUUAUUCAUUAAUAAUAAAUUGUUUCAACAAGGGAAAAAUGUACACACGUUUAUCGUUUUAUGUUCAUUAUUUUGGGCAUUUCCUUUCAUUCCAUUAUUGAAAAUGAUCGCGAAAAUCGAACAGACCCCUAGGACAUUAAGACUAGCUUUCCU